AUGAAGUUCACAGUAAACGGCGCCGUUUUAUCCGAUCCUCUCCACCAUUUCAUUUCCUCAGUCAAGCUAGAAACUACGCUUUGAAAAUGUGUGAAGAAAUCAUCAAAACUUCUUCUUGCCUACGAGUUCGAUUACAGAGUUCACCAUAAAUUAAUCGAGAAGAUGUCUAGGUUUCGUGGAUUGUGGCAAGCUUCCGUUAAUGCAACUAAAAGAGCUCUUUUAUGGAAACCUGAGGACUUGCUUCCUCCAAGUGAACGAUACAUAUUUAAGUUUGACUCAAAAGAGGAGCUAAAGCGAUGGCAUUUGUACGCAGAUUCUGAAUUCAAUGGUUUGUCAUCAGCAUCGUUGCAGAUAAAAGAAUCUACAAAUGGAUCAAGUGGUACUGGUGUAUUUUCUGGAAACCUUUCCUUGGAUGUCAGUGAAGGUACUAAGUGGAAUAUAAGUAGAAGUGGAUUCUGCGGAAUGAGAUCUAAGAAGUUUGAUGGCUUCAUUGAUCUGGAUGGGUAUGACACAUUGGCUCUAAAAGUUAGAGGAGACGGGCGAUGCUACAUAUCUACUAUUUAUACAGAGAAUUGGGUGAAUUCUCCGGGACAACAAGAAGAUAACUCGUGGCAAGCGUUUGUUUAUGUGCCUAAGGACAACUGGUACAUUGCCAAGAUCCCCCUUGCUCGAUACCUGCCAACAUGGCGAGGCAAUGUGAUAGACGCAGAGCUCGAGAUGAACCCAUCUCGCGUUGUUGGAAUGUCUCUCUCGCUGAAUGCAGAAGGGGGAAUCCCAGGCGCCAUCUCUGGUCCAGGUGAUUUUCGAGUCGAGAUAGACUGGAUCAAAGCUCUUAGAACAUUGAGUUAGUUGAUCCUCGUUGCUAUAGAGUAUAGACACAAAUUCAAUUUUGUUCGACAUAUUUUGAACCUCGACGGUCUACUACGUGUAUAUUGAUGAUGUCAUUAUACCCGCGUCGUUGCACGAAAAGCACAUACUAUAUGUGAUGAAACCUCAAUAAAUAUGGUGCUGAUCUGUUUCA